AUCGUCAAGCAACAAAAAUUGGAGCUGUCGAAAGUGCGCAGGAAACGGUGCGCCAAAGAAAACGAGGGCAAACUCUAUUGUCGACCAGAUAAAUAGAGAUCGCGAAAGCGUGUGUAGCAACUUCUAAAGGCGUGGUUUGUGUCGAAAAAAGAACAAUGACUUGGGUAAAGCUAUGGCUUCUAUUUUAUGUUUACUGUCAAGCGCUAUGUGAGGAUCCAAUUCCACAAAACAGAACCAAGCGUACAGUGUACCCAAUCUGGAAGCCACCGGCGAACAAGGCUCAUGACCUAUGUGGGUUUGAACUGAAAGACAAUGCCACAUGCAAGCUGCCACCGUGGUGUACUGGAGGCAUGGGCAGAUGCUGUCGGUACGAGUGCGUCUGUCAUUCGAGACUCAACCCAUGCGCCUCUGGGAGAUGGACACCACUUGAAGGAACCACGGCAGUGCCUCCGAAAAUGUCUGGACAGGGAGGGCAAUGCGCUCUGCAUUGCAUACGGGAAUGCUUCAACAAGUGCAUGCGUGAAAAGAAAAAGCCGGACGAAUGCAUAAACCAUUGUACUCCCGAUUGCCAGCGUCAAUGUGGUGGCCGAUGAAAGCAACAAUAAAAAUAAUCAGGUCAUCGA